ACAACUGACAGCGCAGCUGACAAAUUGUGCUUGACAGCACAGAGUUGCAGAACAUGUGUGGUUAUGUUUACAGCAUUUGCUAAAAAUUAUUUGAUUUUAAAAAAUCUAAUUUACUAAAUACAUAUUGAAUAUGGCAAAAUUUGUGUACAAAGUGGUUUUAACUAUAGCUUUUUUGUCGCUCCUUCAUUCUGCAAUAUCCGCUGCUCAACAUCGAUCAUACAUAAGGUUAAAUGAAUUAGAAUUCACACACUUACCCUUGGACGUAUUUAUACAAACACUACUGAGCCUGUUCACUAUCAUGUAUGCUGUUUUACACCUGGCAGGGGAUUUCAAAGAGAUCAAAGCAUCUGCAGAACUCGAGAAUAAAUCAUGGGAAACCUUUAGGAAUAUACCAUCUUUCUAUGUGUUUUCUCAUAGGGGUGGAAAAUGUUCCCCUUCUAAAGCUAGCUUGGAAGAAUCAGAAUAGCUUAAUUUAAUUAAUUUUAUGUUAUUGGUGUAAGUCAAGUGAGUGUAAUAUAUUGUAUUGAUUAAAGUUUUGAUAAACAACAAAAAGAU